AUGUCGGGCACGAAUGCCCCACUCGAGUCAGAGGUUCCCGCGCGAGUUGCGCAAUAUAACAUGCUGUUAUGCGUCCAACGCUGGCGGAAAAUCUCUCUCGCUACCCCGCAACUCUGGACAGGAAUUAACUUGCAAGACUUGACACAAGAUGGGCUAUUUACAGUUAGCAGGACGGCGCUUCUGAACUUGCUGGAUUUGUGGAUUAAUAGGUCGAAAUCGUGUCCAAUCUCGAUCAAGUUCUCGUAUACUGAUCUAUCGGAGAACGACCGUGGACGCAUGGUACUGUUCUUGCCAGAGCACAAUGGCGACAGUACAUACUUGAAGGACGUGAAUGCGCUCAUCGACAAAUUGUUAUCUUGUCAACAACGCUGGCGUGCACUGUCCAUGAUUGUUCUGGACCUUUCUUCAGUUGAGAGACUGCUACAAGCCAUCUCGAACUGUCCUGCUUCACCUUUGCUCGAGCAUCUCAGUAUCUCAACGCAGUACCUUGGUAUAUUCGGCGAGAUUCGGACGUACAACCUUGCGCUCUCAUCUCAACUUCGUACGAUACGCAUCCUAAGUCCAUUAAUCGUACCUGAAUCAAAUGGUAUUCGUCUUGACCUGCUCACAGAGCUCGAACUGAAGUUCUGCUCGUCGAUGGUCGGUUGUUUGCAAUGGCUUGACAAAGCGCCGAACCUCGAGACGCUCAAGAUACGCUUCUUCACUGCAGAUGUCGAACAGCUCGAGAAUGAAACUCGAAUCCGCCGAUUGGAGAAGCUAACCAACUUGCAAGUCUCCUCGUUCUCGUCAGAUUCUGAUCCAGCAGCAUUCAUCAACCUCCUAGAAUUCCCCUCCCUUACAGAGCUGUUUGUGGACAUGAACGACCUGAUAGAUGCAGAGAAUUGGACCUGCGUGCUUGACUUACUGAAGCGAUCUCAUCCACCUGCUUUCCAUGCGAUGACACUCCUUGGGACACCCAUGACCACUGAACAGAUCUUAGAAUGCCUUCGUAUGACACCCAAGUUGACUUGCUUCAGAUUAGGGACGAUCACAGAUGAGAUUUUACAGGCUCUCAGCACCUCUACACCAAAACAGCCCAAAUCAAAAUCAGAAGCACCACUGCUUCCGUUGCUUGAAGCGUUGGAAGUUGAGGAUGUGGAAAACUGCUCCUUUGCUUCACUUGUCAACUUUGUUUCCUCUCGAUGCAAGGACAAACGUCUACCUACAGAAGAGUCUGGGUCUGUGAUAGACAACUCGAAGAACGAGGACACUUCAAAACAGAUGCCUCAACCUCUACCUCAAUCCAAUGACAACAGCAACGGCCCAUACAAAACACUAGAGAUCAUGGUCAUCCCCUUCGACUCAGAUUACGCAUUCAUAAGCCAUCCAGACGUCAUCGAGUGCGUAGAAAAAGGUUUGGAUGUCGUACACAGAUCUCCAGCUUUCGAGGUCCUGCCACCCAGCAGAGUAGCCAUGCAUCUUCGGAACAUAGGUGUGAAUGGUCCUGACCAGGAGGGUGUCGCUACUACCGAUUGA